AGUAGCCCAAUGUACAACAGCAUUGCUCUGUAUGUUCAAAAUGAUAUCAAGAACUGGGCGAAAUAUUGGAUACUCGGCGGCUGAACUUACUUCGGAUGUAUUAUCCAGCCCACAAUCGAGCAAGAAAUGGCAGGAAGGAUGAAUGGCCAGCGCUUGUUGAGCCUUCCGCUUGCAAUGUCAACAACCAAGGACGAGUGCCUGAUAAGAGCUUUCGGUAUCUCAAGCAUAGCCUUGGCCUAGGAUUGCCGCGCUUGCAUGCUCCCGUGGCCCACAUUUGGCUGGCAUCCCACUUUUGUAUAUCUUCAACAACUUCGGUUCCAACCAGAAUUACAAGUGACUUUCGAAUAAUCCAUAAAUAUCAUGCAAUGAUUUGCACUAUCCGUUUAGCGCCGCAUUGUUCGGAUUCGAAUCCGAACCCGUUGUAGUUGAACCUCACCUUCAUUUCUGAUGGUUCGAGCUUUGCCAGCAACAAGUUUCAGCAUUCAGACUUUCAUGCAAACAUGGUCGGACACUUAGCGAAUCGUGCCCAGUUCGGGCUUAUCCUGCCUUCUACAAACACCAGUGUGGAAGCUGAGUUCAAUCGAAUGCUCGUACCCGGCGUCUCAUGGCACAGCGGUCGAAUAUUUGCCGCAAACCCAGAUCUGAGCAGCAGCGAAGCAAUGGUCUCCUUCCUCGAAGAACUUCGAGUCCAAAUCAAAACAGCAGUCCAGUCCGUCUGCCACGCCAAAGUUGACUACCUCGUGAUGGGGAUGUCUGCCGAGACAUUUUGGGGUGGCAAAGAUGGCGCAGCGGAAUUUGUGAAAUUCAUGGGAGAACUAUCUGGCGGGUUAGGCAUCACGACUGGAGCUGCUGCUUGCGAAGCUGUCAUAAAAGCUUAUGGUGUGAAGAAGAUUGGGAUUAUUACGCCGUAUCAGCCAGUUGGCGAUCAACAGGUCGUCGAUUUCUUUGAGCAGAUUGGAUGUGAGGUUAAAGCUAUUCAUGGGCUGAAAUGUGCGACUGCAACUAGUAUUGCAGAUGUGACUGGGGAAGAGAUCAAAGAUUCGUUCAGAAAAGUGGAUUCUGAGGAUGUAGAGCUGUUGAUUCAGGCCGGGACGAAUUUGCUUGCUGGGAAGGCAGCUGCUGAGCUGGAGAAAGAGUUGGGAAAGCCGGUGAUUGCUAUCAACACAGCAACUGUCUGGCAUGCUUAUAGGAAUAACGGGAUUAUGGAUAAGUUUGAGGGAUGGGGAAGUCUAUUGAGUGAGCAUUAGGUGGUAAAUCAUGUAUCAGGUAUCGCGCAUAUCACGCGGAUUGCGCGGAUUGGUCGUGCCGUUUGGCCCGUGAUUCUUCAAUAGCAAGUGCUCGAUGUACCCAGGUCGGCAUGCCCUCCUCACUAUGGAACUUUACAAAAUCCAUAACAUGGAACCAAGAGCUGUUCUUGAUGUGUCGUUUUAGCUUAUCUCCCAACUCACACCUGAUGUGAAAUAACAAGUCAUCAACCCCUCCACAGACGCAUUCUCCUUCAAAAACUUCUUGUACUCCAAAU